ACGAUGCGCCUGCCGUAUCAGCAACCAGCAAUUUCGAUCACGGCAUGCAGGAGUAGUACGCCCUUCUCUUCCGCUUUCCAUCUCUCCUCCGACCCGGGAUGCGGGAGAAGGGCAUAAUUCUCCAUGGCCGGGGAAGAGGAGACCAUGGAAGAUCACUGCCAUCCGAAAUCGUCGGCGGGCGGUGGUGGUCUAGUCGUCGGGAACUACUGCCAUGAUGUCAUAUUCCGCGACGGCGUUGUCGUCGGAGAAGGCCUAGGCGGUGCCGCCUCUUUUCUCUCUAACGUCCUCGAUCCCCUCUCCCGAAAUCCCUCCAUCUACAUCUCUAAGGUCGGUUCCGACUUCUCCUACUCAGUCUCCAACGCACCCAUCACUUCCACCUCUUCUCGAACGACCCUCUUCCACGCCCACUUCCCUUCCGCAUCCGGUGGAGGCUACCAUGGAGACCGCAUUCUUCAUCGUGUUCGUGCCUGCGAAUCGAUCUUCCCUUCCGAUCUCCCCUUAUGCAGAUUCGACUUCGGUCUCGCUGCUGGAGUUGCUGGGGAGAUUCUUCCGGAAACCCUAGCCCUCAUGCUUGAUCUGUGCCGCGUUAUGUUGGUCGACGUGCAGGGGCUAAUUCGGGUUUUUGACUCGGGCGACGGAACCGUGGGACUUGCUCCGCUGAGGAGCACUGCUUUUUUGGAGUUUAUUCCUCGAAUCGAUUUUCUGAAGGCGUCGGCUGACGAGGCGCCCUUUCUGGAUUUAGAGGAAGUGAGGAAGGUUUGCUGCGUGAUAGUCACGGAGGGGAAGGAUGGGUGCAGCGUAUAUUGGAAGGAAGGGGAGGUGAAGGUUGCUCCAUUCCCGGUUGUUCAGAUCGAUCCGACCGGCGCCGGAGAUAGUUUUUUGGGUGGGUUUGUUGUGGGGUUGAGCUGGGGCUUGGCCGUGCCGGAUGCUGCGCUUCUGGGGAAUUUCUUUGGCGCGCUAACUGUAGGCCAGAUUGGAGUUCCUAAGUUCGAGCUGAGCUUGCUAAAGGCUGUGAGGCAAGAACUGGAGAGAAUGGGAACCCAAUUCUCAGAACCAUGCAGCAGAAAUUUUUCUGUAAGUUAUCAGAAAUCAGUUUCUCAUGAAGAUUUCCGAGAUUUCUUAGUUAGAGCUGCUGAGUUAUAUUGCUGCGGUAAUAGCGAUUUAACCCAAGUAAAUCACAUAGGAGAAAUUGCUUGAAGCCUGGAAUGAGUUAGAUGACAGCAUAGCGAAAUAAUUUUACAUAUUUACAACACAUUUUCUUUUUUUUAUUGUCAAAUAAACCAAUGCUUGGACCAUAUAGGACAUAGCUCAUUAUGGUAGUUGGUAGAGUCCUGCACUGAAAUAUUGCAAUUUCCUCAAAAAUAUAAAGUUUAGAACCAAGGCAAUAGAUUUUUCCCAA